AUGGAAGAGGAUAAUGAGUCCGAGGAGGUCAUACACGUUCGGCCCUACGAAGCACCCCACGGAGAGGUCCGCAAGCGAUGGACGAAAGUAACAGAGCAUCUCCAGCGCCUCCAUGGAGUUGGAAUCACAGUGAACGCCACGCGAAAACGAUUUGACGACCUGAUGACGGCGUUUCAUGCCGACAGUAUGGCCGCGCUCCGCGUAUCUGGGACGGACGAAGAGUACGAGGAACGCGCGCAGCUACUCCAGGAUAUCCACGACUUGACGGACAAGGAGGAAAAGGCGAAACAGAACGAGCGACACGAAACGAAUGGUGAGAAGAUUCGCGACGCGGCGAUGUCAACCAUGAAAAGGAAGUCGUUCGAGGUGGUCGAAGUUGACGGGUGCGAGGACGCGCCACCAAACAAGAGACAGAGCCGCGGCAGUUCACAUAGGGUGGCGGAGGCGGGUGUAGUUGUUGCUUCUCUGGUCGAGAUGGUGGCCAAAGCCAACGAAAUCAAGGCCGAGGAGGUCCGAACUCGACAAAACGGAGCGUGA